CAGAAAGCCAAACCGGUCAUGAGAGGCUAGUCAACGGCUGUUCGUUGCGCUUGGGAGUUCUGUUUUGUGGCGGAAAUAUUGCGGAUAUUGCGCGAUACGCCGCGGCGGUAGCACCACGGCCAGCCGGUACUCGGAAAGAUGGGAGCGUACUUGUCGGAACCGAUCACGAAGAAGGAAUCGAGCGACGAAGUGGGAGAGAAUGUCGCGUACGGCGCGAGUUCCAUGCAGGGCUGGCGAAUCAGUCAGGAGGAUGCACAUAAUUGUUGCAUAACAUUCGAUGAGAAUGUUUCACUAUUUGCCGUAUAUGAUGGUCAUGGAGGACACGAGGUAGCGACGUAUUGUGCGAGCAAUCUUCCUGAUUUCAUCAAGGAGACGGAGGCUUACAAAAAGGGCGACAUUAGGCAAGCUUUAAUAGAUGCUUUUCUGGGUUUCGACGCUACCCUUACCAAGCCAGAUGUGAUCGCUGUCCUGAAAGAGCUCGCGAGGGCGAAUGCGACUGAUAAAAAAGACGAUUUAAUUGAAUCUGACGAGGAAGAGAAUAUUAGUAAUCUAUGUAUGGAGGCGACGAUGCCAUUGGAGGCGGUAAUGGCAAAGUAUCAAACAGAGACCCUUCGUUUCAAAAACGUGAAAAGUGAGAAGAGUGGUGCUAAGAACAUGUUCGCGAGUCCUUAUUUGCGUGGCCGAAGGGGACGGGACAAGGCGAGUUGUUCAUCGUCUGGUGCAGGAUGUUCGUCUACGCCACUGCUGCCACAGUCAUCGUCCUCGUCCACGUCUUCCUGGAAUACGAAGGAAACGGACGUGAGCAGCUCCAGUCAACCGUGCGGAUCGGCUCUGUCCAGCACAGCGGAGCAGAAGGAGUCUGACUGUCCUGGAAGCAAUGAGGCUGAACAAGUACUGGACUCGACGACGAGUAACGGCACUGCUCGCGCAUCCCCUUCAGUCGUAUCCACUGCGGACGUAGAACCUGUCAAGUCUAUGGACAUGCCCGACAGCUCCGAAGACGUUAAAGAGAAAGUUUCAAGCCCGGGCAAGGUGGCGCCAUGCGCGGAAGUGAACGAAGUGGAAAUUAACGGCGCGGAGCCGCUCGGGGACGCAGACAGCAGUAAGGGAGGCGGUGGAGAUAAUGUAUCGAGCAGCUCCUGCACGCCCGUGGAGAACGGAGACGCGGAUCAGCAAGAACGGAUAACUAGCAGCGGUCGGAGAAGAACUCAGCCUUCGGAUCUCUACCGCGACCUGUUGCAGACGAACACCGAUGACUCCGAAGAAGAUGACGAUGAUGAGAACGAUACAACGUUUGAUAGUGUUUCUGAGAGUGAUGAGGAUGAUACAGAAGACGUUGAUGAGGAUGAAAGCGAUGAGGAAGAUGAGGAUAAAAAUAAAAAUGAAGACGAAGACGAAAUUGAGGGAAAAGGUACAGACGAGGAUUCUGACGAUGACAACAUUGAUAUUAUAACAGAAAAGCCUGGUGCAGACAGUGGAUGUACGGCUGUCGUAGCGGUGCUCAAAGGAACCGAUCUAUACGUGGCUAAUGCCGGAGACUCUCGGUGCGUUCUGUGCAGGAGUGGCAAGGCAGUUGAACUUAGUCAAGAUCAUAAACCCGAAGACAUACCAGAAAUGCAGCGCAUAAUAAAGGCGGGCGGAGAGGUGACGAGCGACGGCAGAGUGAACGGCGGUCUCAAUCUCUCUAGGGCUAUUGGCGAUCACAUGUAUAAGCAAAAUAUGGUAUUACCGCCCCAGGAGCAAAUGAUUUCUGCUCUACCGGACAUACGGCACAUCAGGCUUGAUCCGGAACAGGAUAAAUUUAUGGUGCUCGCAUGUGACGGCAUAUGGAACUUUAUGACCAGCGAGCGCGUCGUUGAAUUUGUGUACAGCCGUAUAGUAGAUCAGAAUUGCGAGAAAUUGUCGAAAAUCUGCGAGGAGCUGUUUGAUUACUGCCUCGCACCGAAUACUCUUGGGGACGGAACGGGCUGCGACAACAUGACCGCCGUGAUAGUCAAGUUUAAAUUCCUGGGGGCCGAGACUGCUGAAGGUACCGCUGUUACUACCGAGGUGUGCGUCACGGAGAAACGAUCAAACCCUGAAGAAAAUAAUGACCAUAAAACGGAGGAAACCACGCUAGAAAAUCCUUGCAAACGUACCAAGACCGAGACAGCUAUGUGAAUCGACAGCAAUCACGUGUCAUGAACUGAUCUCCGUAAACGGACGAGUGAAUGUGAGUUUAUGUAAAAUUAUAUAACAACUUUGUAUUGCUGUGAGAAGCGAUUGCGGCAGUAGCAGGCACGUGAAAUAUAGUGUAAGGUGUGUUAAUGUAUUGGUCGCUGCUGGCAGACUGCUCGAUUGGAGCACGUGGGAAUGAUAUGGUGUUUUCCCGACGGACGUACAAAUUCUUUCAUUUAUCAAAUGAUAUUCAAGUUAGGCAUACAGAGCGGUCGGUUUCUCUCCUAGGAUCGCAUCUCGCGCACAUUUAUUUAACGUCACAUAAUACCGUGAAAUACGAUCUAAGGUUUGAUUCACGCAGUUUAUCAUCGAGAAAAUAUUGUUCAAAAUAUACGGGCUAAUAUUUUUAUGUGUCAUGUAAAAAAUAGCUAGCGUUUGCAGAACAUAAUGCUGACAGAAAUUUAUUUACGCGUAAAAAAAGUAAAAGAAGAGCUCGUCCAUUUCCAAGGUUUUAUUUGCAGGCAUUUACCGACAAAGAUAGAUAUUACUAUCUUAAUAUAAAUGUACGAUUGAUUUUUGUACAUCUUUAUUAUAUCUUUAUUACACUUUUAUGUUUUAAGUUCUAGAUGCUUUUAAUGUAAUUUCAUACAUUGUCUUUUGUUUGUUACUGAAACUAAUUUUAUUUAAUCCUUUUUUUCUUUUAAUCAAAUUUUUAUCUAAUUAAGAUAUUUUUUUUACUCGUGCUAUAUCACGUCAUUUUUUUCCGAUUGUAACAACACUUUUAACAGAAUAAUCAUUUUGAUACAUCUUUUCUUUUAAUUAAUACUUUUAUUUUAUAAUUAGAAUAACCAGAUUUUUCUUCACAUAUCAUCCCAUUUGCUCCAGCUACUUACGAAGUAUAUUCCUUGAGUUUUUAGGUUACACACGUAUUAUAUAAAUGUACAUAUUUAUAAAUGUAGACCAUAGGAUUUAUAUUUGUAAGUCAAUAUAAUACUAUCUCUUAUUUUUACGAAAUAGAAUUUAUUUUUGAAUCCCUGGAUACAAUGGUUGAAUGGAUGGGUGUGCGAAUAGCCUUAAGACGUUUAAAUAUUGUAUUAUGUAAUUAAAAUGCGGUUGCAUAUAACGCGUUACCAGUUUGUGAUCUUGUCUUAACGCAUUGUCUUAAUAAUGCUGUUAAGUACAAGAGAAGCUGUGCAGUUGAUAACGAUAACGCAGUCGCGUCGAGUUCUGUCAAGUGUUGUAUACUUUGGGACGAUUCGAACUUAUUCGGGAAUUUGCACAUGUCAAAAAUAUGUCAAAAGUUUUGUAAAUUUAUACGGAUUUGUAUAGACACUUGUAUCUGUGAAGAAGCAGCAAGAUCUGCGGAAAAAACAACUGCAGAUUGCGAUUGCAGGGCUGAAAGUGCACACGACACGGUAUUUUGAUAAAUGCAUGAUAGUUGUUUAUGGUAUUGUACUAAACUCGAGUUACUUUUAUUAUCACGAUACUUGUAGUAUCCUGACACACGCAGCAUACUCGUAGUCUCGCGUAGCUGCAACAUUUCUUUUAAUAUUUGAAAAAGAAACGCAAGAUAUACAUGCGGUAUUGCGAUAAGUGCAAGGUAUUUGUAAUAUAUGUAUAUCGACAAAUGCGGAAUAAACGAACAGGGUAUAUCUGGUAGCAAAUUCAUUUUUUGUACAGCUGAUAAAAACAAUUCGGCGAUUUAAUGAAAUUUAAUAAAGAAUAAAUUUCAUAAAAAUUAAAUUGAAAAAUGCGUUUGUUCUCAGAGUUAUUCAACAUGAUAGAAACAGGAAAUGUAAGAUUGUGAUUCCUUGUGUGACAAAAUAGCAAUUGGAUUUAUAUAAAAAAAAAAGCAUGUUAAUACCUGACGCUAAUCGCAACUCGCCGCAUUCUUCUAAAAUUGAAUCUUUUAAAGUUUACACGACUAACAUUGCAUUGACAUAAUCAAUGCUUUGAACAAAUAAAGACCUAUUGUCACACCAUUGUCAAGUACUCUUACAGUUAAGGCUUUCCCACGUUGUGUGAAGGUUCCCUUGAUUUGAUCGUAGAAAGAGACGGUGGACUUUCUGUACUUUCAUUGUAAAGAUUUUGUGUAAAAACCUAAACAGUUAAGAUCCUGCGAGAUAGAGGUAAAAACAGUAAUGCGAGAAUAGUGAAUCGAUCGGAUGACAUCUAUGCGAUACCUGUGACAUUUUUCGCCGAUAUAUGUUCUGUCAAUGCUCACGUGUAAUCACAAUCAAUGUCAGUGGACGAUAGCUUGACUGAAAAAUGAUUUAUGUCUAAAGCAAUCACAUGAUACUUAUGUAAACACUGUUCGCAAGGUGAUCAGUAGCGUAUCGAUACUACACGAGUGAUACUAGUAUCAUCCAGGAAGAACUGAUGUGCCUUUCCGUCAGGGGUUGACAACCUCCGUAACGUAUGUAUGUACAUUCGAUUCCGUCUCAAAAGAAGAAAGGUUGCGCCCCUAAAACUGUCUUUAGCUGCAAACUCCGUCGUACAUUUAUGUAUAAUAAUAUCUUGUUUCAUAAUAUAUACAUGUCGCUCGAAUCAA